AUGUCGACGUUGAUUUGUUGGUUCGAAAAACUAGGAUAUGCAAGAGGUAUACCGCGUCGUACCAAAAGCAAAGAUGAUGAUACACAUUCAGAGUCGCCAAGUCCUUUACGCACCAGCGGGGCGGACGACGCCGCUAUGGACGGUGGCGAAUCGGGAGGAAACCCAGGUGAUAGGUCGAUGCCAGCACCUGAGGAGCCUCCUUAUUUUCCCGAACAAUGGCCGGGCAAAGCAUGCGCAUUAUGCAAUUUAGGCGAGAGGAGUCAGCUGGGCCAAGGUGAACUUUUGCGCCUAACGUGUCCGCCGGGCUUUACUCCUGAAAAAUCAACAAACCGCGAUGAAACAACUACCGAUCGAUGUCUUAUUGACAUUACUGUCUCUGGAGAUAAAAGUCCGCGUGCGGCUGGACCUGGAGUUGCUGUUACCUGCCGUAGACAGAAAAGCCUAGCUAAAUGCAGGAAUACUAGUCUAACAAAUUUUACGGAGCCGGUGGAAGAACUGACAAUCGUGGGCUAUUCGGAGGAGCCAGAAGUUGGAGCUCUGUUUGAACCGUUAACCGGCCAUUACUACGUUCAUCAAUCGUGCAUUAUUUGGUCAAGUAACAAUCAAGAUUUGGCGCCAGAAUUGACUUGUCGCGCCGUCUUGCAAGCUUCUUGCAAACGUUGCGCCUAUUGCUCACACUAUGGUGCUGGAAUUCCUUGCAAAGUGGCAUCGUGCAAUCGUUAUUUCCAUUUCCCGUGUGCCGCAGCCAAUAGUUGCUUUCAGGAUACCAAAAGUCUGACUCUUUUCUGCAGCCAGCAUCUCGGCCAAGUCCCGCUCUUGCUGAAUGGGGAAGUGACUUGUGUGCAAUGUUAUGGAAUGGGCGAUGUAUCAAAUUUAGUGAUGUGCUCUGUAUGCGGCCAGCAUUACCAUGGCAGUUGUGUGGGCUUAGCGUUGUUACCUGGAGUACGUGCUGGAUGGCAGUGUGUGUCUUGCCGCGUGUGUCAAGUCUGUCGACAACCCGAAGAUGUUUCCAAGGUUACAAAAAAGUUAUAAGAAGUUUUAAAAAAAUCAAUAUGCUCAAGUCUUUUAAAA